CAACAAUCCCCCACCGACUGAAUCUUUUCUACGUCGCCAAUGAUGUAAUCCAGAACUGCAAGCGUAAGAACGCCAUCAUUUUCCGCGAUGCUUUCUCGGAGGUUCUGCUUGAGGCGGGCGCCCUAGUUAGGGAUCUGAGUAUUCGGAAGUCUGUGGAGAGGAUAUUUACAAUUUGGGAACAGAGGAGUGUGUACCCACAGGAGCUGAUAGUGGAGCUGCGAGACACACUGGUGGGAAAGAAGACCUUGGAAUUUACUAAAGUCAAAUCAGUGAGCAAUAAAGCCAGAGGAGUUGUCAAAUCCAAGAUCCUUGCUGAAUUCAGGCCACAGUCUCUCAUCGAGCAGUUGGGUGCCUACAAACUGGCAGUGGAUGAGCGAGAGUUCAAGGAGGAGCAGCUGAGCACCCUGAGAGUGGAUGUGUGCAGCACCGAGACCCUCAAACGCCUGAAAGAUCGGGCGGGUGGCAAGCGAUUCUCCAAAGACUUUGAGGAGUCCAGUUUGAAGCUGGAAGAUUUCUGCGCUGAGCUGGACAGAGAGGUGAAGAGGACGCCACCGCUGAUCGAAGCCCUGGAGAACGCAGAGAUCUUCUACGAAGCCCAGUACAAAGAGGUGAAGAUUGUUGUCAAUGCAUACAAGACCUUCGCUAACCGGGUCAAUAACCUAAAGAAGAAGCUGGACCAGAUGAAGUCCACCCUCCCUGAGCACGACGAGUCCCCAAUCUUGUCCCCGUGCAUGGAUGCCCCCUCGCCCAAUGGCUCCGAAUCCCCUAUGCGCCAGACCGAAGUGAUUGAGGUGGAGAUGCCAGCCGGGGGUAAUAACAGCCCAGAAUCCCCUACCCCACAGGUCUCCGGGGACAACUGUGCCGUGGAGGACAUGGAGCUUUCUGAUGACGAGGGGGAUGCUGACACCACCCACAUCAUAGAUGUUAAAGAGCCCAGUCCAACACCAACAGUGAGCAUCAGCUUGAAGCUUGUCAAAGCCAAAGCAGCCAUCUCGACCUCAGUGGAGACUCCCCGAAGUAAGAGUGCUGCUUCCGGUGGAGGAGGCAGCGUGGUCACAUCUCCUCAGGCCCUCCCGAACCUGGUCAACAUUGAUCUGGGCAAAAUCAGCUCCAUCCUCAGCAGCCUGACCUCCGCCAUGAAGAACACAGGGCUUUCAACAUUACUUCAAAGUGUGACUGGGAACGUCACCACCAACGUAGUACCUAUCCCUGCUGGCCCUGCGAUGGCCUCAGCCACCAGCCCACUGGACAGGAACCUCCCCCUGAUCAACGCUAAUGCCCAGGCCCUGAUUCAAGGCCUGAUCGGCUGCUCCCCCAACUCCCCUGCCUCGGAAAUCUCCUCCGCCUCAUCGGCUACCUCAGCCCCGGGCUUAGGCCUCAGUCCUGCCCUGUCGGGCACGAGCCUCAAGCCCCAGGUGAACACCAUGGCUCACCAACUCCCUCAGAGCAGAGCCAGCUCCAUGCCAGAGAGACUGGCCGGAAAGGCUGCCGAAGCCACAGAAAACCAUCCCGAGCCCAAGCCAGCCUCUCCCUCCAGCCUGGAAGUGAAGAUCCACAAUUUCCUGAAGGUCAACCCGGGCUUCAAAGCCCUGGACCUGAACAUUCCUCUCCUCAGCCACCUGGGUACCACCGACCCCAGUGCCAAGACCCAGCCUCCUAGUUCGGAAGGCACCGGGAACGCCAUGUUGGAGAACCAGGAAGGCACGCCCGUGAGGGAUGAGAGGGGAGGCACUCCCACCCAGGAUGAGAUGAUGGACAAAACGUCGCCCAUAGCUGCCGUGGUGGGGGAUCCCAUGUCACUGCUCUCCAAACUGAUCAGCCCCCCUUCCUCCUCGUCCACCAGCAGCCCUCCCUCACCUCCGCCAUCGCUGGCUCUCCAAGGAGCCAGAGAGCCUGGCGUUCCCUCUUACCAGACUAACGCCACGUCCCCUUACAGCCUGGCCCGUGACCCCUUCCUGUCCACCUACGAACCCCCCUCAGAUGUGGACAGCCUCUCUCCCCAUAGAGACUCCCCCGGACACCCCUUCUACCCGGGGGAGUCAUGCCAGGAUGAGAAAGAAUUCUCGGACUUCGACUAUGCAGAUCCCCCGCGCCUGGCAGUCUCCAACCUGGUCAAACAGUCGGCGAAAUCCAUCCUCAAAUGCAAGGGUCCCGAGCCGCUGGGCGGCAGCGAGUACAAGCCGGGGUCCGGCAGUUACAGCCGGCUGAAGUCCGGCUUUCCCGGCAAACCAGUCAAGUCCAUCCUGAAGAAUAGCGAGGGCUUCGGCAGCCGGGGAUACACCGGGGAGGAGCAGGGAAUGGAACAGGAAGAGCUGCCAUCGCCCGGACAAUUCUUCUGCUCGGAGUCCAACAACAUCCUGGUGCAGACCUCGUUUCCCGAGCUGGCCCAGGCCCAGGCCCAGGUCGGGGAUGACUCUCAAACCCACCUGUCUGGUUCUUUCCCCCAUCCACCCGGCGACAAGCUCGUCCUGGCUCUGAGCUCUCCCAUCUCGGCCACCUCCACCAUCGAGUUCAAGAAUAUGCUGAAGAUCGCCUCGCGCAGAUCCACCGACGAGAAGCCGCUGGAAAAGCUCCUCAGCCCCAUCUCGGAGGCCGAGAGGGUGAGCGAGAACGGGGGGCGUCCUGGCUCAGGCCAGCCCGGCUUCAAAGCACAUGAAGAAAGCGGCAUCUCCGAACUGACUCGUGAUGGCCUGGAAGAGAAGGGAGCCCCCAUUGAGACCCUGGGCAGCAGAAAGCCGGCAGCCGGCCGGCUUAUAUUCGGAGAGCCCAUCCAGACCCUGGACUCGAGCCGGGGAGCCGGGAGAGGGAACCGGAGCCAGGGCCACAGCAAAGGUGGCUCGCGUAGCAGUUGGUAUGAACAGCAGAAGAGCCUCUCCAACUACAACAAUGAAACCCCGGCAGUGGACAUUCCCAAGCUCCCGCAAGGAAUGCCCUCCGGCUUCCACAGUCAGUAUGACGAGCACCUGCACCAAUUUCAAGACCAACCCAGCAGCAGCAGAAGCAGCUUCCAAUCCAACAGCUAUAGACCCUACUUUGACAGGUCGACAUCUAAAAUCGGACCCCGACCUAGCUCGCUCUGCGACCAUCUGGGACUCCCACUGGGUCCCCCUCUGAGGGAACGCUUGCCCGGAGCCCCACCACCAGACCGCUUGCUCACCUCCUACUCUCCACAGGAUCACAUCGGUCCACCCGCCGUGGCUCUCAGAGAUUGCAUUGCGUUGCACCCUGGCCCUCCUCCCACGCAGGAUCAUAUGGUGGGGGUCUCUUCAGGCCCCCUGAGAAAGCACAGCUCAUUCCGUGACUGCACCGGCCCACCACCCGGUGACAAUGAUCACUUUGGUGGUCUCCCCUCCGGCCCACCCCCUCCCCAACGUGACUAUCUGGGUCUGCCUCCUUCUGGCCCCCUACCCCUCACCCCUCCUCCUGGCCCCCCACCCUUGGACCAUCUGGUCCCUCGUCCUGGCCCCCCACCCCAUGAUCACCUGGGCCCACCCCCCCUCGGCCCACCGCCCAUCCCCCCUCCAGGUCCCCCCCUGGCCCCCUCCCGGCCCCCCACCAGGCCCGCCCCCAGGGACCUGCUCAGCCUCCCAGGACCCCCCAGAGACCUGCUCAGCUUGCUCCCGUGCCCCCCCAGAGACUUCUUUGGCCAACCCAACAGGCUUCCGAGAAGCCACCUUGGCGGCCAAACCCACAGGCCCUCGAGGGACUACUCCGGGCCCCAAAAGGAUCCGGGCGGUCCGUCCUUUGGAAGCCCGAGAGAUUACAGCAACCCUGGCCGAUACUUCCAGAGAGACUUCAGGGCCAGCUACCGAGGGCCCAGGGAGAACCUCUACGACCGCGACUCAUUCCAGGCCGGCAAGCGGCCCGGCCUGCCCUUCGUAAACCCCCCUUACACCAGUGCCCCCAAACGGCCCUACAUGCCGCCGCGAUACUGA